AUGAGCGGCUCACUGCCCCCCGGGCAGCAGGCCUACGGCGGCCAGCACAUGGUUCCCGGCGCUGUCCCCAUGGGCUACUCGCUCAACGGCCCGCAAAUGGCAACGAAUCUGGGCAGUCCGAUGGGCAUGGCCAACGGCGGCGGCCUCGGCAACGGCGGUCUCGGAAGCCCCAUGAGUGGGCUCGGUGGCGUCAAUGGCGUUAGCGGAGUGAACGGCAUGGCCGGUCUGGGCAGCCUGAACGGCAUGGGCGGCCUCGGCGGCGCGGGCCAAUAUCAGAAUCAGAAUCAGAACCAGCACCAGCCGCACCAGCCGCACCAGCAACACCAGCAGCACCAGCAGCAUCAGCAAGCACGCCCGCUGCCAUCGCCGCAGUUCUACAACCAGGGCCUGCCGCAUCCGUCACAGUACUCGAGUCCCAACCUGCUGCACUCGCCGCUCGGCCAGCUGCCGCAGCAGCAUCACCACCACCAACCCCACCAACCGCACCAACAACAACAACAACAACAACAACAACAACAACAACAACAUCAGCAGCCGCAGCACCAGCGCUUCCAGCCGUCGCCCCAACAGAACCACAUGCAGUUCCCCGUCCCCGUCCAGCGCACGCCCUCCAUGACUUCGAGCAACGGCGGCUCGUUUUCCUUCCCGCACAAUGGCAUGUCGGUCUCACCGAACCUGUCCGCGCCCAUGUCCAUCCCGGUGCCUGCGACCAUGCCGUCCCCGACCGCCAACCAACUGGCGAGCCCGCUGCAGUUCCUCCCACAACAACUGCCGCAACUGGGCCAGCAGCCGCCGCCGCAGCAGCAGCAGCACCAGUCACCUCGCUAUACCACCCAGCCGCAGUCGGUGCCGACCAUGCAGCUGCAAAUGCCCAUGUUCACGGGCGCGUCGCCAGGACAGCAGUCACAACACCUGCCAAAGCAACGGCAGCAAUCGCAGCCCCACCAGCAGCCGCCGCCCAAACAACCAAAUUCACAACCUUUGUCACAACCUUUGUCACAACCACUGUCACAAUCCAUCUCACAACCCUCCAUGCCACACUUUUCUCCACUCCCGCAACACAUCCAGCCGUCACAGCUGCUCCAGCACCAGCCGCUCCAGUCGCCACAGAUGCACCAGGUGCCGCACGCGCACAACCAACUCCAGCAGCAGCUCCAACGACCGCAGCCGUCGCCACGGCAGCAGCACACGCCGAAACCGACGAAGCCGCCCAAGGCACCGAAACCGCCAAAGCCGUCCCAGCAGGCCAAGAAGCCCAUCUCGCUGCCCGACCCGUCGUCCGAGCCGAUGCACACCACUCUGCCGCCACCGCCAGCAGCCGCAUCGUCUGCACAGCCGCAGCGGAAACAGUCCUCCAUCACACCGUCGCCCAUGCCGAGUCCAUUGCCGACAAAUAGCCCCCGCGUGUCGCCCAAGGGUGCCGUACAGAAACCGCCCAAGUCGUCGGCUGCGGCUGUUGCUACAGCUGGUGCUGGCAAAGCGGCGAGUAUUGCCGGUGGGAAGGCCGGUGCAGGAGUCAAGGCGCCACGCAAGUCGAGUGUCAGUGGUGUGGGACCUACCAUGGCCAGCGUGAAGCCGACUGCCAAGCGGACGCCGGGCGAGGCAGCCGCGCUACUCGUGUGCGUGGCCGACGAGUGCCUGGCCAAGGCGCAAGCUGCGGCGCCUGCACUGGCCAAGUCUCGAAACGAGGCCCGCCUUCGAGAGUACUACAAACUGCUGGCGACCGGUCUGGGCUGCCUGGACACGGCCGUCCGCACCUUCAAGUUCCCGCCGCGCAUCGAGGUCAAGAUCAAGAUUCGGUACGCGUCCAUUCUCAGCACCGAGACGGAGAAUCUGAUGGAGGCCGAGACGGCGCUGCAGAGCGCCAUUGCGACCUGCGAGAAGCAUCGCCUGGCCGACCUCAAGAUCUACGUGCAGUUCCUCUUCAUGAAGGUGCUCUUCCGCCGGAAGCCCAAGGCCGCCCUCAUCUCGAUCCAGACGCACAUUGCCGACUGCUCCGACCGCCGCCAGACCUACUGGACCUACGCCUUCCGCUUUCUCAAGGCAUCCUUCUACUUGCAGAGCGGCAGCCCGGCCGAUACCCACGCCCUCGAGAACCUCCACGACAUUGCAGUUCUGGCCGAGCAGCGGGGCGACCACGCCGUCUACGUGCUCGCUUCGCUGCUCCAGGCCCUGUCCCUCUUCCGCACCACCGAACCCGACGUCGUCGAGCGUGUCCAGACCUGCAUCGCCGCCGCCUCCAAGUACCAGCUCGACGCGUCUGUGCGCAUUCCGCAGCUCGAGGUGCUGUGGCUGUUGUUGGACCUGACGUGCAGUCUCUACCAAAAGGAAAAGGCCCUGACCGACAAGCUCAACAACCUGCAGACACGGCUCGAGGAGCUGAAGGAGUCGCCACAGUGGACGUCCGAUGCCAGCGAGCUGCUGCUGCCCCUGCACAAAGACACGCCGAAUGCUCACACCAUCAGCGCCGACACGAGCGCCGUGCUGCAGCCGGGCGAACCGAACGACUUUUUGGUGCUGACCAGUUUUAGUAAAGUGAAGGCAUUCGUCUUGGGAUUCGCAUACUCUGGCUUGACACUCUCACCAAAGCAGCAGACCAGCGAUCGGAAGAGCAUGGACUACUGGACGGAAGCGCUGAAGAUGCUGUCACAAAGCGCCUCGAGCAAACCAUCUGCACCCGUCUUCUUGCACGAGGCCAUUGACGAGUCCCGCUGGCGCGCCAACACAUCGUCGUACGUGCUGGUCCUGAUGGGCCUCCAUGCAGCCACGCACUGCGAUUGGACCAAGGUCCAGGACUGCAUCAAGAAGCUCGAGACGCCCACGGCCGAAGCGAACGACGGGCCGCUCGACGUCCUGGCGCUCUACCUCAAGGGUGUCUUGAAGCAGGGCCAGGGCGAGCUCAACGACGCGCUGCAUCUCUUUGAGGAUGCACGGCUGGUUCUGCCGGACGUGACGGACGGAUCGCCGUCCAACAAUCUCUCGAGUGCCGGCCCGGCCGCCGCCGCGGCUGCUGCCGCGUCCGCUGCCGCGGCCGACGAGGGCCACAUGCGCCAAGAAGUCCAGCUGUUGGCGGCCAUGAACCGCCUCCUGAUCAUGCAGCUGCACCGCCUGCGCGAUGAAGGCAAGAUCAACAUGCUCGUCGAGCAGCUCAAGCAGACGUGCGUCGGCCACCCGAACCCGGAAAUCAAGACGGCGUACUCCCUGGUCAUGGCCGCCAUCACGACGGAGCCGCCACUGUCCAUGCACGACGUCAAGUCGCACAUCCAGCAGGGGCUCAACGGCUCCACCGUCAGCGGCAACGCCCAGUGCCUCAACAUUGCGCUCAACACCAUGCGCUACCGCCUCUUUGAGGGGGUCGUCGGCGAGCAGGCCCUCAAGAGCGCCAAGGCCGGGUCGACCCAGGCGAAAAAGAGCGGCAACAUUCUGUGGAUGAGCGUCGCGGACGGCAUGCUGGCGGACACGUACGAGGUGCAGGGGCAGACGGCGCAGGCCCAGCUGGCGCGCCAGGCGGGCGUGCAGUACACCAACGAGUCGUGGGAGCGGACGCAAAUAUAG